UCCAAUGAAAUUAUUUAUUUUAUUUCUUCUCUUUGGCGAAAACCCUAUCUAUCCUCCUCUGAGCAUCCUUUUUCCUUUUCCCUCUUUCGAGUCCGUGCUUUUUUCUAGGGUUUGUUCUUUGAUCUAACUAACGCAGAUUAUUAAGAAAAUGUCAAGUGCUUUAGAGAUGUCGCUAGACGAUCUCAUCAAGCGCAGCCGUAAGUCUGGAUCCGGAAACUCCCGGGGUCGAGGCCGUGGAUCCACGGCGGGACCCGCCCGCCGCAUUCCUAACCGCCGAGCGAACCGCUCCGCACCCUAUACCGCUGCUAAGGCGCCGGAGACGACGUGGCAGCACGAUAUGUAUUCGGAUAAGGGAGCAGCGUUGCAAGGACAAGCAGGUCGGGCCUCCGCAAUAGAAACUGGGACGAAGCUUUAUAUCUCUAAUUUAGAUUAUGGUGUUUCCAAUGACGACAUCAAGGAGUUAUUUUCGGAGGUUGGUGACCUGAAAAGAUAUGGGAUCCAUUAUGAUAGAAGCGGGAGAUCGAAGGGAACGGCAGAAGUUGUCUUCUCGAGGCGAACAGAUGCUAUGGCUGCGGUCAAGAGAUACAACAAUGUUCAGCUUGAUGGGAAGCCGAUUAAAAUCGAAAUUGUGGGAACAAACAUUGCUACUCCUACUGCACCUUCAGCAGCUAAUGGCACCUUUGGAAGUUCAAAUGGAGCCCCUAGAGGUGGCCAAGGCAGGGGUGGAGGAUUUGGUAGGCAACGUGGUGGUGCUGGAGGUCGUGGCUUUGGAAGAGGCCGUGGACAGGGAAAGGGCCGUGGAGAAAAGGUUUCUGCUGAAGAUCUUGACGCUGAUCUAGAGAAGUAUCAUUCUGAAGCAAUGCAGACAAACUGAAGCAUUUCCCAUGUUCUAUUGGUUGGUUUUAAGUAUUUUCUACUAUGGACAUAUUGUGCUUGGUCCUCGACUAUUUUGUGUAUCUCUACCAAAAUCUUACUAUUUAGAAGAACUAGUCUUGGAGAGAACUAUUAGAGUCUUGAUUUAUGGAGUUUGGGCUUUUACUGGUGAUUGUUCCUUUGACUUGGGUAUAAAGAAUGUGGGUUAGUGGAAAGCUAUCAUUCUGUAAUAUGCAAUGCUUUUGGUUCCAUUGAAAAUGAUUCAUCGCUCAAAAUUGGUACAAAA